CACGCUCACCACAACCCCCUCCUCCCCGUCAUUUACGAAACCGUGGAAUAGGACGUCAUUACCGUCUGGAAAUCAGCCUCUCUCCUCGUGAAAUGUCUGAGUUCAACAACAAGACAGCCGCACGUGCGUCCCAGGUCCUGGUGCUCUAUAUAAGACCCAGCUGGGAACAGGCAGACAAAGCUGACCUUCCAGAAGAACCUUCCAGGAGAACCUUCCAGGAGAACCUUCCAGAAGUCUGCUACCCAGCAUCAGCAUCAUCAUCAUGAAUGCUUCCAUCCUAUUGGCUGUCCUGAUGGGGACCUGCGCUCUGCUGUCAACCUCCACAGCCAUCCCUCCAGGAGAGUCGUGCCAGGGUCGUUGUGGUGAAUCUUUCAGGCGAGGACAAGUGUGCGAGUGUGACCCAAACUGUACACGCUUUGGAACCUGUUGCUACGACUACCAGAACCACUGUGCCCCUCCCAGAUCAGACAGGAAGUCGACAUCAGACAGGAAGUCCGAAGAGGAGAGGUGGAGCAGCAAGCCUCUCAACAGUGAGAGUGAGGAGGCCAGCCCAGACUCCAGCUCCCCCCUGUCUCCGUACCGCUACCCCUACAAGGAGUCUCCCCUGACCCCUGACCUCUCCCCCCUGACCCCUGACCUCUCCCCCCUGACCCCUGACCUCCACCCCUUGAUGGACAGCUCCAGUGGCCCCGCAUCCUCAGCCCCCUCCACCAAUCCCGGCUCAGUGAUGGAAGCCCUGGGUGAUGCUUCAGCUCCUGACGCCCCCCUGCCCAGCCAGGGAGGCCCCUCAGCGGGUAACACCGGCCCUCAGAACACUUCCUCCCCUCGAGGUCCUCUGAACAUACAGAUCGCCCUUUCCUCCCCCCAGGCCCCUGGUUCUCCCGGCUCCAAACCAGCACCCGGCACCCUGGAACAGCUAGCCCAGGCUCUGGCUGGUUCCUCCGGGUCCGAACUAGCCCCCGGCACCCUGGAACAGCUAGCCCAGGCUCUGGCUGGUUCCAAACCAGCACCCGGCACCCUGGAACAGCUAGCCCAGGCUCUGGCUGGUUCCAAACCAGCACCCGGCACCCUGGAACAGCUAGCCCAGGCUCUGGCUGGUUCCAAACCAGCACCCAGCACCCUGGAACAGCUAGCCCAGGCUCUGGCUGGUUCCAAACCAGCACCCAGCACCCUGGAACAGCUAGCCCAGGCUCUGGCUGGUUCCUCUGGGUCCAAACUAGCACCAAGCACCCUGGAAAAGCUAGCUCAGGCGCUCACUGGUUCUUCUGGGUCCAAACCAGAACGUGGCACCCUGGAAAAGCUAGCUCAGGCGCUCACUGGUUCUUCUGGGUCCAAACCAGAACCUGGCACCCUGGAAAAGCUAGCCCAGGCUCUUGCUGGUUCCAAACCAGCACCCGGCACCCUGGAACAGCUAGCCCAAGCUCUUGCUGGUUCUUCUGGUUCCAAACCAGCGUCCGGCACCCUGGAACAGCUAGCCCAAGCUCUUGCUGGUUCCAAACCAGCACCCAGAACCCUGGAAGAGCUAGCCCAGGCUCUGGCUGGUUCCUCUGGGUCCGAACUAGCACCAAGCACCCUGGAAAAGCUAGCUCAGGCGCUCACUGGUUCUUCUGGGUCCAAACCAGAACCUGGCACCCUGGAACAGCUAGCCCAAGCUCUUGCUGGUUCUUCUGGUUCCAAACCAGCGUCCAGCACCCUGGAACAGCUAGCCCAAGCUCUGGCUGGUUCCAAACCAGCACCCGGCACCCUGGAAAAGCUAGCCCAAGCUCUUGGCAGGACAGACUCCCAGGCCAGUGGACCCGGUGCCAGCAGUCUUCCAGACCUGUGCAGUGAUCAGUCAAUCAACGGCCUCACUGUCCUCAACAACGGUUCCAUCCUGGUUUUCAAGGGUGAGUUCUUCUGGCUGGUGGACCCGAGCACCAGGAGGGCGAGUCCAGCUCGCAGCAUCUCUGACCACCUGGGUCUUCCCUCUCCCAUCGACACCGUGUUCACGCGCUGCAACUGCAAGGGCAAUACCUACGUCAUCAAGGGGGAUCAGUACUGGAGGCUGGAUGAUGGGGUGGUCGAGCCAGGCUACCCCCAGCCUCUGUCGUCAGGCUUCUCAGGUCUGACAGGCAGCAUCACAGCUGCUCUGGCCGUCCCAGCCACCAAGAAGAGACCAGAGGCCGUCUACUUCUUCAAGAAGGGGGGUAAAAUGCAGAAGUUCUCCUUCCCCACAGGAAGUGGUCCCUCCUGCAACUGGAAGUCCCCUGCCAGGAGCCGCACCACCCGGCAGACGGAGGGUCGCCUGAGUCUGGAGAUCAACAUCCAGGUGUCUCUGAAGGGACUUCCUGCCCCCGUCACCUCUGCCCUCAGUGUGCCCAACCCCAAGAAGCCCGAUGGAUACGACUACUUCCUCUUCUCUGGGCCUCUGUUCUUCAACAUCAAGAUCUCAGGCGACCUGCUAUCUCUGGUGAAGCCCCCCAGAAGGGGUGUUGCCGGGGCAACCCGUCAGAACCAGAACUCCGUAUCCAGUUGGCUGAAGUGUCCCUAGAGCGCCCCCUGUGGAC